UCCUGCUGCGCCCCCUUCCGUUUUUGUUUGCGACAGGCGGAGGGUAUGCAGGUUAUCGGCAGUAUGAGAAGUACAGGGAGCGAGAGCUGGAGAAGCUGGGAUUGGAGAUUCCACCCAAACUCGCUGGUCACUGGGAGCCCCAACUCUAACCUGCGCCCCUGAGCCGAGGAAGCGGCCCACCAGCCACCGCGGGGCAGUGACAGCCCAGGAGCGCCUCUGGGGGGAAGGGAGGAAGGAGGAGGAACAAAGGCGAGUGUGCUGGCCCCGCCCUCCCAGCCCGCCCACCAUGUGUCAGUCAGAGGCGCGGCGAGGACCGGAGCUCCGAGCAGCGAAAUGGUUGCACUUCCCCCAGCUGGCUCUGCGGCGGAGGCUGGGACAGCUGAGCUGCAUGUCCAGACCUGCCCUGAAACUGCGCUCCUGGCCCCUGACGGUUCUCUACUACCUCCUGCCCUUCGGUGCCCUCAGACCACUCAGCCGGGUGGGAUGGAGGCCCGUGAGCAGGGUGGCCCUGUACAAGUCGGUGCCCACGCGCCUGCUGUCGCGGGCCUGGGGCCGCCUCAACCAGGUGGAGCUGCCGCACUGGCUGCGCAGGCCCGUCUACAGCCUGUACAUCUGGACCUUCGGGGUGAACAUGAAGGAGGCCGCCGUGGAGGACCUGCACCACUACCGCAACCUCAGCGAGUUCUUCCGGCGCAAGCUGAAGCCGCAGGCCCGGCCCGUGUGUGGCCUGCACAGCGUGAUCAGCCCAUCAGAUGGGAAAAUCCUCAACUUUGGGCAGGUGAAGAACAGUGAGGUGGAGCAGGUGAAGGGGGUCACCUACUCGCUGGAGUCGUUCCUGGGCCCGCGCACCUCUGUAGAGGACCUGCCUUUCCCCCCAGCCACCUCCUGCAGCUCCUUCAGGAACCAGCUGGUCACCCGAGAAGGGAAUGAGCUCUACCAUUGUGUCAUUUACCUGGCCCCCGGGGACUACCACUGCUUCCACUCCCCCACUGACUGGACUGUGUCCCACCGGCGCCACUUCCCAGGCUCCCUGAUGUCCGUGAACCCUGGUAUGGCCCGUUGGAUCAAAGAGCUCUUCUGCCACAAUGAGCGGGUGGUCCUCACCGGGGACUGGAAACAUGGCUUCUUUUCACUGACAGCCGUGGGGGCCACCAACGUGGGCUCCAUCCGCAUCUACUUUGACCGGGACCUGCACACAAACAGCCCACGGUACAGUAAGGGCUCCUACAACGACUUCAGCUUCGUGACGCACGCCAACAAGGAGGGCAUCCCCAUGCGCAAGGGGGAGCACCUGGGCGAGUUCAACCUGGGCUCCACCAUCGUGCUCAUCUUUGAGGCCCCCAAGGACUUCAACUUCAAGCUGAAAGCGGGACAGAAAAUCCGAUUUGGGGAGGCUCUGGGCUCCCUCUAGAGCCUCCUUCCUGGCUGCAGCUGCUGAGGGAUCUUUUCCAAACAAAAAUGGGAGGGUCUCUUUGAGGGGAACCUCCCGGCUGUCUGGGGAGGGGACUCUCUCGGGCGUGGGGUCUCACCAGGCAGGACCUGGGUGACUUGUGUCUGUCUCAGAGACGCAGGUGAGGCCAGGGCCCCAUCAUGCCCUAGGCCUGCAUGGUCUCUUCCCCCCCUAAAGAGAAAGUCAGUGCCGGGACGAUCUCAGAUUCCCUUUUGGAGAGGUUUUGACCUCUGUUGUAUAAACUGGAGACCCUUCGUCUCCUGGCUGAGCAUUGUUGGUCUUGGUUUCCGUUGAAGACGGUAAGUGGUGACGUACCUUUUUGCUGCUCCUCCCAUCACUGCUUUUGGCCUGUCCUGCACUGGGUGAGGUGCCUUCCGGCACUGCCCGUGGGCCUGCCCCCAGAGCCGGGCCACAGGGCCUUGAAUGCAACCGCUUUCUGACCCCCAAGUCACCCGCCCUGCUCGUUGGGAAACCCUGUCUUUUCUCUCCACACUUGUGGCUGAACACGUCACCCAGGUCUGCCAGUGUCUAUCGAGGAUGGUGAGCAAUGGUGAGACGCUUCGCAGGCCCCAGUGAGUGACCCUCUGGAGCCGGCAAGUUGUCUUUCCAGCGGGCAAGUCCAAUUACUGAACCCAUGUGAAUGGGGCAGGCAGGCUGGGGUGGCCGCUGUGGGCCAGGGAGAGCGUGUGCCCCUCCCCAGAUCCAGACCUACAUUAAAUAUGGGAAAGUUGCUGCUAUUGAUUCAGGGGCUUGUGUUGGAGGCAGAGGAGCCUUGGUCUGUUGGGUGGGAGGGGGCGGGGGAGGCAGGGUCAGUGCCUAGAAAACCUGUCCCCAGGUAACAGGUAAGCCAUCCUUGGGGAGCCACUGAUGGUGGGGACAGUGCCAGGUUUCAUGUCUCCUGGGGACUCUGAAUUUCUCCUGCAGGAGAAGCCAUUUGAAUUUUUUCAACUGUAUCAGUAGCACAGUAUUUUUGUAUGAAAAGUGG